AUGUCGAUGAGCAUCGAGGAGCUCGACGCCACCGUGCGCGCCUUCUACGAGGGUCGAGGUGACCAGCAAAAGGCCGCCCAGGCCAGCCUCAACCAGUUCAAAGAGAAUCCUGAUGCAUGGCUUAUGGUGGACAAGAUUCUGCAAGAGGCGCAGUAUCCCCAGACCAAGUAUCUCGGUCUACAAGUCCUCGACAAUGUGAUCAUGACGCGGUGGAAGGUGUUGCCGCGAGAUCAGUGCCAUGGCAUCCGCAACUUUGUUGUCAACUUCAUCAUCGAACAGAGCAGCACUGAGGAGAACCUGCGGAAAGAGCGCGCUUUGCUCAACAAGCUCAACCUCGUCCUGGUGAGCAUCCUGAAGCAGGAAUGGCCGCACAACUGGCCCACAUUCAUCAACGAGAUCAUUUCCUCCUGCCGCAGCAGUCUUCCCAUCUGCGAGAACAACAUGGCCAUCCUCCGUCUAUUAUCUGAAGAAGUGUUCGACUUCUCACAAGACCAGAUGACCAGCACCAAGACCCGCCAGCUCAAGCAGAGCAUGUGCGAUGAGUUUACCAGCAUCUACAACUUGUGCUCGGAGAUUUUGCGAACAGCAGACCAGCCCAGCCUUAUCAAGGCCACCCUGGAGACUCUGCUCCGCUUCCUGAACUGGAUCCCAUUGGGCUACAUUUUUGAGACACCUCCUACCGGCCAGUCACUCAUCGAGACACUGCGGAGUCGAUUCCUCGAAGCGCCGGAGUUCCGAAACAUCACUCUAAAGUGCCUGACAGAGAUCGGCAGCCUACAGACCGAGCACAACUGGAGCGAGAAGCUGGUCCAGAUGUUCACCGACACUCUCACCACGAUCUCCAAGAUCAUCCCGCUUUCGCUCGACCUCAAAUCGACGUACGCGAGCUCGAAUGGCAGAGACCAGGAAUUCGUGCAGAACCUGGCUCUGUUCCUCUGCAACUUUUUCAGCAAUCAUCUUAAUAUCAUCGAGAACCUUCCCAACCGUGACUACCUCCUCCACGGCCACUUCUACCUCAUUCGAAUAAGCCAAAUCGAGGACCGCGAGAUCUUCAAGAUUUGCUUGGAGUACUGGACGAAGCUGGUCUGCGAGCUGUACGACGAGAUGCAGCAGAUCCCGAUCACGGAGAUGAACCCAUUGAUCAGCAUGGGUGGCCUGCAGAACGGCGGUGCUAUGAAUCCACAGGUGAUGGCGAACUACCCUCUGAGGAAACACAAGUAUCAGGAGGUGCUCUCAAACCUGCGUCAGGUCAUGAUCGAGAAGAUGGUACGCCCGGAGGAAGUCCUCAUUGUGGAGAACGACGAGGGCGAGAUUGUGCGUGAAUUCGUCAAGGAGUCAGACACAAUCCAGCUCUACAAGACUACGCGAGAGUGCUUGGUCUUCCUCACCCAUCUUGAUGUCGUGGACACUGAGCAGAUCAUGUCGGAGAAGCUUGCACGACAGGUCGAUGGUACUGAAUGGAGCUGGGCCAACUGCAAUACGCUCUGCUGGGCCAUCGGUUCCAUCUCCGGCGCCAUGAACGAAGAGACCGAGAAGCGCUUCCUGGUCACGGUCAUCAAAGAUCUGCUCGGGCUCACGGAGAUGAAGCGCGGCAAGGACAACAAGGCCGUCGUGGCCUCGAAUAUCAUGUAUAUCGUUGGCCAGUACCCGCGAUUCUUGAAGGCUCACUGGAAGUUUCUUAAGACGGUCGUCAACAAGCUGUUCGAAUUCAUGCACGAAACGCAUGAGGGUGUGCAGGACAUGGCUUGCGACACAUUCAUCAAGAUCGCGAACAAGUGCAAGCGGCAUUUCGUUAUUCAACAGCCUGGCGAGACCGAGCCCUUCAUCGAUGAGAUUGUAAAGACGAUGCGCAAGAUCACGUGCGAUUUGUCACCACAGCAAGUGCACACAUUCUACGAAGCUUGCGGAUACAUGAUCAGCGCGCAGGGCCACAAGAACACGCAGGAGCGAUUGAUCAGCGAAUUGAUGAGCCUGCCGAACCAGGCAUGGGACCAGAUCAUCCAGUCCGCUCACCAAGAUCCAAACAUCUUGCAGAACCCCGAUACCAUUAAGGUCGUCGGCAACAUCAUGAAAACAAACGUGGCCGCCUGCAGCAGUAUCGGAUCCUACUUCUAUCCUCAGAUCGGCCGGAUAUACAUGGACAUGCUUACCAUGUAUCGUGCCUCUUCUCAACUGAUUGAUGAGGCCGUGCAGCGUGAUGGAGCCAUCGCUACCAAGAUGCCCAAGAUUCGCGGUCUGCGGACUAUCAAGAAGGAGAUUCUCAAACUCAUUACAACCUACGUUGAGAAGGCCGACGAUCUGGAGAUGAUCCACACGCAACUCGUACCGCAACUUCUGGAGGCCAUUCUUCUUGACUACAAGAACAACGUUCCGGACGCGCGCGAAGCCGAGGUGCUCGCUGUCAUCACCAUGCUCAUUUCCAAACUUCAGGUACGUUGGACCCCUCAGACCACUAAGUACAUGCUUGUACGCGCCAUCGCCACGAAAGGUACAGUUGAUGAUUCUGACAUGAAUUGCCAGGGCAUGAUGACCGAGCAAGUACCCGCGAUCCUCGACGCGGUCUUCGAGUGCACGCUUGACAUGAUCAACAAGGACUUCUCGGAGUACCCCGAACACCGUGUGGAAUUCUUCAAGAUGCUGCGCGCGAUGAACUUGCGCUGCUUCCCUGCCCUGCUCAAGCUCGACCAAGCACACUUCAAGCUGGUCAUCGACUCGUGCAUGUGGGCAUCCAAGCACGACAAUCGCGCUGUGGAGGGAGAGGGUCUGCAGAUGUGCAUCGAACUGAUCGAAAACAUGGCGAGCCAGACGGAUCAGGCGACGUGCGAUGCUUUCUUCCAGAACUUCUACACAACCGUCCUUCAGGAUGUCUUCUUCGUGCUUACGGACACGGACCAUAAGGCGGGCUUCAAAUACCAGUCGAUGCUCCUUUCACGCCUCUUCUGGCUCGUCGGCGCGAACAAGAUCUCCGGUCCAAUCUACUCUGGCGACCAAGCACACCCGGGUACUUCGAACAAGGAUUUCGUGCAGAACUUCGUCGCUUCGCUCCUGUCAAAUGCCUUCCCCAACCUGCAAGCCGUACAGAUCACCAACUUCAUCAGGAGCCUCUUCGAGAACACCGAGGACCUUGUCAAGUUCAAGCUGAUCUUGCGCGACUUCCUGAUCCAGCUCAAGGAGUUCGGUGGCGAUAACGCGGAGCUUUUCCAGGAGGAUCGCGAGAAGGCCGCUCAAGAGGCGAAGGACCAGGAGCGCGAGCGCAUGGCCAAGGUGGGAGGUCUGCUCAAGCCAAGCGAGAUUGAUGACGAGGAGUUAUGA